CUCAUUGGCUUCGUGUGCGACGGUCCAGCCUACGGAUUCAAUUGCUUUAAACGCUUCUUUUUGCCAAUUUUUGCUUCCGCCGCGUAGUGUCAGUGUCAGUGUCACACGGACUUGACGAUACGAGAAAGCCUCUCGAGGGAAACGUCGCUGUCCUUUCCUCCCGAUUCUGCAUUCUCUUCGCGAAACGCCCGACUAGCAACGAAGAUCCCCUAUGGACGACAGAUGCAAUCGAGCGUGUGCACGGAGAGCUCGUCGAGUUUACUGCGUUCCCUCCGUGUCACGCCUCUGAUGAAUAUCCUCGACGAGACAACGAUGAUUCCUUGGCGUGAAUGCAACCGGCUAACCAUCGAUCUGGAGUUCUCCUAAAGAGCACGUCCCUAAUCGCCGUUUCGAGACACUCGAGGGAACGUUCCCGUGUUUGUGAGGAUGAUUUUCACGGUUUCCACGCGCUUACGUAAUCCAACAGGCUCGAGGAAUAUCAAGCCCGCAGUCGCGCUUUGAACGACAGGAGGAAUUUAUCGCGACCGAUAUCGACUCGCGGCAAAGACAAUCGUAUACUUUCUCUUGGCCAGAUUAGUCGUGAAGUUCCGAAGGAACUUUGAACUAUGGCGAAUCAAACGACGAAGAAGGAGCUCCGGGAGGAGACCCUUCACUACCAUCCGGACGGUAGCGAGGAGGAAGUGGACAGGGAAUGGGAGGAAUUCAGUAGGCUGAUGGCAAAGUUACGAGAAAAUCGACGAAACAGACCGCACAGACCCUCGCAAGCUUUCUAUCCGUGUCCUCCGCCGAACGCGGACGAGGAUCAGCAGGAUUUCGAUCCCUUCGAUUACAUUAAUACGAUUAUGUAUGGUCGCUACACGAAGGACCUGGGUGAGUACGCAAAAGAAGAAGCGAGAAAGCUCAAGUACCACGAGAAAGCACGACGGAAAUAUGACAAGACCAGAGCGGAGGAUUUGCGGAAGUCGAGAAGAGGACCCCUAUGCAGGAAGCUGCUGGCGUUAUUGGCCUUCGCCUGGAAGCAUACAGGAGCAAGAUUAGGCGAAGAUUGGGUCUUCUUGGCUCUCCUUGGCGUAAUCAUGGCACUUAUCAGUUACGCCAUGGACCGUGGCAUUUCUAUGUGCAAUAACGCCAGGAUAUGGCUUUAUCAGGACCUAACGCAUCAUCCAGCGCUUCAAUAUCUCGCCUGGGUGUCCUUGCCAGUUUGCCUGAUCCUCUUUAGCGCCGGUUUCGUGCACAUCGUUGCGCCGCAGAGCAUAGGAUCGGGCAUUCCGGAGAUGAAGACGAUCCUGCGUGGCGUGGCUUUGAAGGAGUACCUAACUUUCCGUACUCUGAUAGCGAAGGUGAUAGGUCUGACUGCCACCCUGGGCUCUGGUUUACCUCUGGGCAAGGAAGGUCCUUUCGUGCACAUCGCCAGUAUCGUGGCCACCCUCCUGUCCAAGUUGGUCACCAGUUUCCAAGGAAUCUACGAAAACGAGAGCAGAAACUGCGAGAUGCUCGCUGCGGCCUGCGCGGUUGGGGUAGCCUCCUGCUUCGCUGCGCCGAUCGGCGGGGUUCUCUUCAGCAUAGAGGUCACCACGGUGUACUUCGCCGUGAGAAAUUACUGGAGAGGAUUCUUCACGGCCGUGUGUGGCGCAACCAUGUUCCGGUUACUCGCGAUCUGGUUCCAACGGGAAGAAACGAUCACCGCGAUGUUCGCGACCAAUUUCACCAUGGAUUUUCCAUUCGAUCCCCAAGAGUUGUUCGUCUUCGCCUUGAUCGGUGUGGGCAGUGGCCUAGGCGGCUCUUUCUACGUGUGGCUACACAGGCAGUACGUAAUCUUCAUGAGGAAGAACAAGAGCAUGAACAGCUUUCUGCAGAAAAACCGUUUCUUGUACCCUGGAAUCGUCUCUCUGCUGGUGUCGUCUGUGUCUUUUCCCCUUGGACUAGGCCAGUUCAUGGCCGGUGAUUUGAACACCCACGAUCAAGUGUACGGUCUGUUCACUAAUUUCACUUGGACCAAGCAAGAGCUGGGAGUAGAGGAAAUGAACAUAGUUAAGCAUUGGUCUACCACGUAUACUGACGUGUUCAUUGGAUUACUCGGCUUUGUGGCAUUCACGUUCAUCUUUUCGAUCAUAAGUUCCACGGUUCCCGUGCCAUCGGGAAUCUUCAUCCCCGUGUUCAAAAUUGGUGCUGCGCUAGGCAGAGCCGUGGGUGAAGCUAUGGCUCUGUGGUUUCCCAACGGCGUUCGCUAUGGUGGAAUCAUAACUCCUAUUGUACCAGGAGGCUAUGCUACCGUUGGAGCUGCUGCAUUUUCCGGUGCAGUGACGCAUACUAUCUCCGUGAGUGUUAUCGUGUUCGAGAUGACUGGGCAGAUCACUCACAUCGUUCCUAUCAUGAUCGCCGUGUUGAUCAGCAACGCCAUCGCUGCACUUCUUCAGCCUAGCAUAUACGACAGUAUCAUUCUGAUCAAGAAGUUGCCAUAUCUGCCAGAUCUAUUGCCUUCCAGUUCAGGGAUGUACAACGUGUACGUCGAAGACUUCAUGGUCCACGACGUGAAGUACAUCUGGCACGGGAUUACCUAUCAGACAUUAAAGGAUAUUUUAAAGGAAAACCGCAAAUUACGCGGGUUUCCCCUUGUUGACAAUCCCGACUCGAUGAUUCUGCUUGGAUCUAUUCAGAGGCUGGAACUAAUCAAGUUGAUCGAGAAGCAUAUAGGACGAGAAAGGAGGUUGCAGGUGGCUCAGAAAUGGCACAAGGAGGCCGAAGAAAGAGCUCGAGAGGAAAUGGAGCGACAAUUAAGGGACCAGGAGAGGACAAGAAGACCAUCCAGGUUCGAGGUCAUCCCCGCCCCGGAUAUUCUUAAGAUGCAGAGGCAAAGUGUUAACGAUCUAACAAUGUCUCCAAACAACGGUGCCGCGCCUGAUCAUCACACCUACCAUUCACCAGUAUUUGGAUCACAGCCUAAGAAAUCGAUCUUGAAGAAGACAAAUUCUUUCACGUUGAAAGGAUUCAGCCCACUAGUCAGCCGUACGACUGUUACCGGUGCGGAGAGCAGGAUACGUCUUGCCUUCGAGGCGAUCUUCCGAAAGUCAGCCACUUUGCAAGACGUGGACCCGGAUCCAGAGAUUGGAUCUGGGACUGGUGGCAGACGCGACAGCCAGGAUAUACCGCCACAUACACCAAUCUUAGUACCGAGUCCUGCCACCUCGAAAAAAGUGCAACUGCCUCGCGAGAGGGUGAUAGACAUGUCGGCAGAGGAUCAGAAACGGUGGGAAGAAAGUGAAAUGUCGUUGGAGGUCGAUUUUUCGAGGUGUCACAUCGAUCCAGCACCCUUCCAGCUGGUCGAAAGGACGUCUUUGUUGAAGGUCCACAGUCUAUUCAGCAUGGUCGGGGUGAAUCACGCUUAUGUGACGGCCAUUGGAAGGCUUGUCGGGGUUGUCGGUUUAAAAGAGCUGAGGAAAGCAAUAGAAGACGCAAACUCUGGAAUCUUGCCCAUGCACCCAGAACCUCACAUAGGCGUCUCGACAUCCAGUAUCGCGAAGAGCGAAACGGACACGGAGAGCAAGAAUGUCAGCGCGAUGAACCCUAUAGCUUCCGUUGAUUGCGAGAAAGUCGAAAAAGUCUGAGAGAGAGUGAGAGAGACAGAGAGAGAGAGAGAGAGAGAAAGAAAUGGGGAUAAGGAGAGAUGUGCAAGCAAGGGAGAUAAGUAGAAGCAAAAAUGUGAUAGUCGUAUUGUCGAGACUGGCAAUAUGACCCGAACGAGAGACGUGUUUUUCUUUCUUUUUUUCUCUUUUUUAAAUAAAAUAUUCCCUUCCUUCGGUGAGCGUAGAACAUACCGCGUGAAGCUCGAGCAACAAGUUAUACUCCUAUCCGCUUGCGUAGUGACGAUCGCUUUCGAACACCUCUCGUACUUAAUAUCGGGACAAGAUUAUCGUGUAGGACGAACCAUUCUCAAGGCUCCUUA